UUUCUCUUUUGGUUUUACAAGAAGUCGCAUUUAUUUUGGUCCAACAUACCAGAAAUAAUCUAAUCAGUUGCCAUCAGGACUACGGGGACUCGUAAAUGUCUAGAGGCUAUACAACGCCAUACAUAUAAGACAUUUCGCUUUAUCAGAAUGGCGCCCGACAACCCAAUAAUGAAAUGGGAAGUUUGUGUAUUUAUACCAGCUUAUAUGGAACCAACGGUCAUGUCACUGCCGGCAGCAUCAGUCGUAAGUUUUAGAAACAUUUUAAAGACAUUCCUCUGCUGCUGGUGAACAAGCUGCGAUGUCACAGCGUUUCUUUGAAGGAACUGAACAUGCAACUCUUUACGCAAAGUCCCGACCCAAUGCGCCUCCUGGACUUGCCGACAAGAUUGUCAGUUUCUUGAAGGAAAAGUAUCAAGGAGACUUGGAGUUGUGUUUGGAUGUGGGGUGCGGAAACGGCCAGUGUAGCGGCCUCUUUUCCAGCUCGUUUCGCAAAGUGUUGGCCACGGACAUUAGCCCGUCGCAGAUAGAAGUGGCCAAAACGCUCAAUCAUCCAACCAACGUCGAAUUUCAGGUCAGUCCAGCCGAGAUAAGCCCAGCUAAAAAUGAUUCGACUCAAGUUGUAGUGGCUUGUGUGGCGGCCCAUUGGUUCGACUUACCAGCAUUUCUCAAAGAAGCCGACAGAGUUCUCUGUCAGAACGGAGUCGUGGCUUUGACGAGUUUCUUUUUGCCAAUUGCGGUUCACCCUACGAAAUCCGACGAACUUAAUGACGCAAUCAGACACUUUUAUUUUGAAAGCCUCGGUCCGUAUUGGGGCAGCGGAGUCCGUCACUUGGAAAAUGAAUACGGCGACUUUACAAUCCCUUACGCGGAAACUGUGCGGGCUGAAGUUUGGACCGACGAAGAGCCUUACACUUUAGCCGAAGCAGCUGCUUAUUUGGAAUCUUGGUCUGGUUUCCAGAAUUUGUGUCGAGAUAAAGGAGAAGCUGCCGGACGGGAUGUACUUCAAGAAUUCAUUUCAAAGUGUUUGAAAUCGUUGGGAACCACAGACGAACCAGACAGGGUGGAAUUCAAAUUGAAGCGGAAAUAUUUCAUUUUGAUGGGGCGCAAAGCCUGAAACGUUCCAGCCCCAGUUCCAGCACAUUACGUUGUAAGCGGUAAUGGGCAAAAUCAUACUGAAUAUAUCACGAUAGAUUUUAUAAGAUAGAAGAACAGAUUAUUUUUAUAUUAAACAUACUAUACCGAGUCUUUACAAUACAAGAGAUGAAU